UUGCCGCACGUGUUUUUGUCGCAAAGUCACACGUUGUUUAUUUGUAAUAAACUUACAAAUGUGAGGAUAUAAACCAAAAUGAAUCAAAAGAAACUGCUGGAGCAACCUUCUUUAUCAUACACCAGCCACCCUGACUAUCGGAAACCGCCUAAAAUCGCAAAUCCGUAUUUACAAUGUCUCGGAGCGCCACAUAUCGAUUCAUUCAACUACAUGGUGACAGACGGUAUAAAAUUGGCUAUAGCGAAUUUAAUACCGGUAGAAUUCGAGUUACCUACAGGAGAGAAGGUUAAAGUGACCAUUGAUGAGGCAGCUUUUGCUAAACCCAACGUGCCUAUGGAGGCGGUUGGCGUUAAGAACCAGAAAGUACUCCCAACAGAGUGUAGACAAAGAGGUUCGACUUACAAAGGAGAGUUCAAGAUCAGGUUGACUUUUACGGUUGAUGGGAAGUCCAUGACGGUUGACCGGUCGCUUGGGAAUCUGCCUAUAAUGGUCAAGUCAAAAAUGUGUCACCUAGCUGACUUAUCCCCUAAAGAGCUUGUGGAGCACAAUGAGCAUGCUGACGAGUGGGGUGGAUAUUUCAUCAUCAAGGGCCACGAGCGUCUGGCGCGUAUGUUGCUGGUGACACGAAGGAACUUCCCGGUGGCAAUCAAGCGGUCCGGAUGGAGGAUGCGGGGAAACCUGUUCUCCGACUACGGUGUCCUGGUGCGCUGUGUCACCCCUGAUCAGACUAGCACGAACAACGUGCUCCAUUUCCUCCAAAAUGGCACGUGUAAGCUGAUGUUCUCUCACCGCAAGGUGAUGUACUACGCGCCGCUGGUGCUGAUCCUCAAGUGUCUGGUCGACUGGCCCGACCACUACCUGUACCGGAUGCUGCUGCAUGGGAAGAAGAACGACUUGUAUUAUGUCAAUUGCAUACAAAACAUGCUGCGCGAGUUACACCAAGAGGGGCUCCAUACAUCAGCAGAGUGCCGCUCGUACCUCGGGCGAAUGUUCAGGGCGCGUUUGUCUGAGCUGCCUCCUUCGGCGACAGACGAAGAAGCAGCUGAUUUCCUGCUACAAAGAUGCGUCAUGAUCCACCUCCCCGCGCACAUCGACAAGCUGCACGCGCUCCUGUACAUGACACACAAGCUUUACGACGUCGUGCAGAACAAGUGUAAGGUGGAGGGCGCAGACGCGGUGAUGGUGCAAGAGCUGCAAGUGGGCGGUCACCUUUACCUGCAGGUGCUGAAGGAGCGGCUGCAGAUGCUCCUGUACGUCAUCAAGGCAAAUCUGAUGAGGCAAGCCAAGAGCGGCAAGAAGUUGUCUAUCACCACGAAAGACCUGCAGCAAAUAAUGCGGAUGGCGGGCAACUUGGAGCAGAAGAUGGAGACGUUCCUCGCGACCGGGAAUGCUCCCUCCAACAACGUGAACCUCGCGCAGUACAAGGGCCUCACCAUAGUCGCCGAGAACAUCAACCGCAUGCGAUACAUGUCGCACUUCAAGGCCAUUCACCGCGGGUCGUUCUUCCUGGAGAUGCGCACGACGGAGGCGCGGCAGCUGCUGCCGGACGCGUGGGGCUUCGUGUGUCCUGUGCACACGCCCGACGGAGCACCCUGCGGCCUGCUCAACCACCUCACCAUGUCUGCUCAGGUCACGCAACCCGUAGAUUCGAAGCAGCUGGAAAACCUGCCAUUCGUACUGGAGAAGUGUGGAAUGGAGCCGAUCAGCUCAGUAUCCAACACUCCUCUGUCUCGAGAUGUGUACAAGUACCCAGUGUUCAUAGACGGCAGACUAGUCGGGUAUCUGUCAGAGGAGACCGUGGACAAGUCCACCACGUACCUGCGGACCCUGAAGGUCAAAGGCGAGGAGGUGCCCAUCAGCACCGAGAUUGUCGUCAUUCCCAAGAAACAGAUCUGCGCGCAAUACGCUGGCGUGUUCUUGUUCACGACGGAGGCGCGCAUGAUGCGGCCGGUCAUCAACCUCUCCACCGGCCAGCUGGAGCUGAUUGGCACCAUGGAACAACUGUACCUGGACAUCGCUGUCACACAGACUGAGAUUUAUAAAGGUAAAACCACACACUUGGAGCUGUCAAAGUCAGCGUUCAUGAGCAACCUGGCCCAGUUGGUACCCAUGCCUGAUUGUAAUCAGUCACCGAGAAACAUGUACCAGUGCCAGAUGGGCAAGCAGACGAUGGGCACCCCGAUCCAUACAUGGUUAACCAACGCGGAUACCAAGUUAUACCGGCUGCAGUCUCCGGCGACGCCGCUGUUCCGGCCCACGCACUACGACCACAUCGCACUGGACGACUACCCUUGCGGGACCAACGCCAUUGUCGCCGUCAUCUCUUACACUGGCUACGACAUGGAAGACGCGAUGAUAAUCAACAAGUCAGCGUACGAGCGAGGGUUUGGAGCCGGUUCCGUGUACAAGGCAGACUUCAUAGAGCUGAAGCAUUCGUCUUCGUACUUCUGUCGCGACAACUCCAAGCCAGAGUUGGCGCCGUUCAUUGAUGCAGACGGACUGCCCGCUGUCGGAGCGAGGGUCAAGCCUGAAGAACCCUUCUACUGCUUCUACGACGGCGAGAAGAGUCAGUUCGUGGUGAACAAGUACCACGGGAAGGAAGAAGUGUUUGUGGACAGCGUUCGGCUGUGUGGGGACUUCAGCAGCAAGGCCACAAAGAAGGCUUGCAUCAUGCUGAGGAUACAGCGUAACCCAACAGUGGGCGACAAGUUUGCGUCCCGGGCGGGCCAGAAGGGCAUCUGCUCCCAGAAGUGGGCUGCCGAGGAUCUGCCCUUCACGGAGUCUGGUCUCAUACCAGACGUGCUGUUCAACCCUCACGGUUUCCCGUCGCGUAUGACCAUCGCCAUGAUGAUCGAGUGCAUGGCCGGGAAGGCCGCUAGCUUGCAUGGACACGUGCACGACGCAAGUCCGUUCCGCUUCAACGAGAAGGACACAGCGAUCAACUACUUCGGCCGCCUGCUGGAGGCGGGGGGGUACAACUACUACGGCACCGAGCGGAUGUACAGCGGGGUCGACGGCCGCGAGAUGACGGCGGACAUCUUCUACGGAGUCAUACACUACCAGCGGCUGCGGCACAUGGUCUCCGACAAGUGGCAGGUGCGCACGACGGGCGCGGUGGACGCGCUGACGCGGCAGCCCGUGAAGGGCCGGCGGCGCGGCGGCGGCGUGCGGCUGGGGGAGAUGGAGCGGGACGCGCUCAUAUCGCACGGCGCCUCCUUCCUGCUGCAGGACAGGCUGUUCCACUGCUCCGACAAGAGCGACGCGGUGAUCUGCACAAAAUGCGGCACGCUGGUCGGGCCCAUAGCAGGCAAGGCAGAGGGCAGCGAGUCGUGCCGCCUGUGCGGCGAGGGCGCGCUGGUGAGCGUGGCUAUACCGUACAUCUUCAAGUUCUUUGCCACGCAGCUGGCGGCCGUCAACAUCAACGUCAGGAUCAACUGUAACGGGCCUACGCCUAUUGACGCGUGUUAGAUCAAUGAUGAUAACUAUUUCUACCAAUAGGUGUCGCUAUUAUUGAGCGCCCCUAAAGGUGAACGCGCACCUAGUCGCGCCAAUUGUGUUAGUGAAAACUGCAUCAUACUAUGGUACCAGGCAUAUAGUCACUGUGGUCCUGUGGUCAUAGUCACUGUGGUCCUGUGGUCAUAGUCACUGUGGUCCUGUGGUCAUAGUCACUGUGGUCCUGUGGUCAUAGUCACUGUGGUCCUGUGGUCAUAGUCACUGUGGUCCUGUGGUCAUAGUCACUGUGGUCCUGUGGUCAUAGUCACUGUGGCCCUGUGGUUAUAGUCACUGUGGUCCUGUGGUUAUAGUCACUGUGGCCCUGUGGUUAUAGUCACUGUGGUCCUGUCGUUAUAGUCACUAUAUCCUGUGGUUAUAGUCAAACGGGGAGCGCCGGUUCGAACCCCGGUACCGGACUUCUUAUUGAAAGAACUAAGAGUUUUCCUACUGGAAAAAUAGUCAUUGACUUUCAAAAAUCGGCCCAUAUAAUCUAUUUAAAACCAUGUAAAAAUUG